CUGGUGUAGGGCGGGCGGGCGCUGCGGCGGCCGCGGCUGCUGCUUCCUCGGGCCAUUUUGCUGUGGAGCGGCGGGGAGGAGGAGCCGCCGAGGAGACCCCGGGCAAGGAGCUGCGAGCCGGAGGAGGCCGCGCGAACUCCGGGCUUUCCGCGGUCGCGGGGAUCUCGGGGGGCAAAGGGAUCGCCGGGGUGGGGGACCAGAGAGCCGCGCCCGCCGCGCGGAGCGCCCCUUCGCGCCCCCAGCACCAUGAGCUGGGGUACCGAGCUCUGGGAUCAGUUUGACAACUUAGAAAAACACACACAGUGGGGAAUUGAUACUCUUGAGAAAUGUAUCAAGUUUGUGAAAGAAAGGACAGAGAUUGAACUCAGCUAUGCAAAGCAACUCAGGAAUCUUUCAAAGAAGUACCAACCUAAAAAGAACUCGAAGGAGGAAGAAGAAUACAAGUAUACGUCAUGUAAAGCUUUCAUUUCCACCCUGAACGAAAUGAAUGAUUAUGCGGGGCAGCAUGAAGUUAUCUCCGAGAACAUGGCAUCACAGAUCAUUGUGGACUUGGCACGCUAUGUUCAGGAACUGAAACAGGAGAGGAAAUCAAACUUUCACGAUGGCCGGAAAGCACAGCAGCACAUCGAGACUUGCUGGAAGCAGCUUGAAUCCAGUAAAAGGCGAUUUGAACGCGAUUGCAAAGAGGCGGACAGGGCGCAGCAGUACUUUGAGAAAAUGGAUGCUGACAUCAAUGUCACAAAAGCGGAUGUUGAAAAGGCCCGACAGCAAGCUCAAAUACGUCACCAAAUGGCAGAGGACAGCAAAGCAGAUUACUCAUCCAUUCUCCAGAAAUUCAACCAUGAGCAGCAUGAAUAUUACCAUACUCACAUCCCCAACAUCUUCCAGAAAAUCCAAGAGAUGGAGGAAAGGAGGAUUGUGAGAAUUGGAGAGUCCAUGAAGACAUAUGCAGAGGUUGAUCGGCAGGUGAUCCCAAUCAUUGGGAAGUGCCUGGAUGGAAUAGUAAAAGCAGCCGAAUCAAUUGAUCAGAAAAAUGAUUCACAGCUGGUAAUAGAAGCUUAUAAAUCAGGGUUUGAGCCUCCUGGAGACAUUGAAUUUGAGGAUUACACUCAGCCAAUGAAGCGCACUGUGUCAGAUAACAGCCUUUCAAAUUCCAGAGGAGAAGGCAAACCAGACCUCAAAUUUGGUGGCAAAUCCAAAGGAAAGUUAUGGCCAUUCAUCAAAAAAAAUAAGCUUAUGUCCCUUUUAACAUCCCCCCAUCAGCCUCCCCCUCCCCCUCCUGCCUCUGCCUCACCCUCUGCUGUUCCCAACGGCCCCCAGUCUCCCAAGCAGCAAAAGGAACCCCUCUCCCACCGCUUCAACGAGUUCAUGACCUCCAAACCCAAAAUCCACUGCUUCAGGAGCCUAAAGCGUGGGACUCAGACUCAGUCUUUCUGUUUUCACAAAGAACUCAUGAAGAGGACGAUAGGGAAACCCACGUAUGCCUUUGAGGCUAGGGACUAUGUUCUUUCUCUCAAGCUGGGUGCAACACCGGAGGAUUUCAGCAACCUCCCACCUGAACAAAGAAGGAAAAAGCUGCAGCAGAAAGUCGAUGAGUUAAGUAAAGAAAUUCAAAAGGAGAUGGAUCAAAGAGAUGCCAUAACAAAAAUGAAAGAUGUCUACCUAAAGAAUCCUCAGAUGGGAGACCCAGCCAGUUUGGAUCACAAAUUAGCAGAAGUCAGCCAAAAUAUAGAGAAACUGCGACUAGAGACCCAGAAAUUUGAGGCCUGGCUGGCUGAGGUUGAAGGCCGGCUCCCAGCACGCAGCGAGCAGGCGCGCCGGCAGAGCGGACUGUACGACAGCCAGAACCCGCCCACGGUCAACAACUGCGCCCAGGACCGCGAGAGCAGCCCAGAUGGCAGUUACACAGAGGAGCAGAGUCAGGAGAGUGAGGUGAAGGUGCUGGCCACGGAUUUUGACGACGAGUUUGAUGAUGAGGAGCCCCUCCCUGCCAUAGGGACAUGCAAAGCUCUCUACACGUUUGAAGGUCAGAAUGAAGGAACGAUCUCCGUGGUUGAAGGAGAAACACUGUAUGUCAUCGAGGAAGACAAAGGCGAUGGCUGGACCCGCAUUCGGAGAAAUGAAGAUGAAGAGGGUUAUGUCCCCACUUCGUAUGUCGAAGUCUGUUUGGACAAAAAUGCCAAAGAUUCCUAGAGGGGAGUGCCUGCGAGCCUCAGGUGAACCUUCCUGGAGGAGCCUCCGUCUGCUUGUCCCCACAGGCCUCCAGUGCCCUGCCCUGUGGACGGCCCAUCCCUCCGCAGCCCCAUCCCUGCGGGGCGGUCUCUCUCUCUACAGCAUGUUCCCUGCGGCCCUGCCCUCCCGCCCAGCCCGGGCCACCUCGUGGGGGACAAGCCUCGCCAGCGCCCACCCCCACGGCUCGGGUCAGUCCUCAUCGCUCCCCCAACCCACCCCGCGCAGGCCACUGAGACGGUGGGACACACACCCCCGCCUGCUCCUUCCUGGGCCCUCAGUCCACCCGGGCCCGUCCUGGCGGCCCUUCCGCGCUUCACACAGUGCCUUUAGUGAAAAUGUCAUCACGGGUCCCCUGAGGAGACAAGGCAGGUCCGGCGCACACCAGGCGGACUGAGCACUCGAUGUCAUCCCUGUGUCCCCGACUGUCUGCUGUAGAAAACGCUUCCUUUUCUCCCGAGUCUGUGAGGUCCUCAGUGGUCCUUUUUGGAUUCUAGGCUUGCACCUCAUACUAAACAUUGACCCUUUCACUAUCCCCUCGAACUGAGAGCAUCUGGUGGGCGGGGGGCAGGUGCACACACACCCACAGGCACACCCACCAGUACACACGCGUGCGCACACAUUUUGGUUUGGCGCCCUGUUUUCAGUGGCCUGGGAAGGUCCACGCUGGAGGUCGAAUUCCAGCUCGCCUUGUUGGCUCACCUGUGUCCACCGGCUGUGAGGAGCCCACGCCUGUCCUCUGCGUCACUUCCCUGUCCCUGAGAACUGUAGACCAUGUGCUUGCGAGCGAGGCCCUCCCUCCCCUCUGCACCGGCUCAUUGGAAAGCGAACAUCCUGUCCUUUCCAGGAGCCCCAAGAUUAGCAUCUGAAGAGGUUAGCACUUCUUGUUGUUUUGUUUUGUUUUGUUUUUGAGAUGGAGUCUCGCUUUGUUGUGCAGUGGCAUGAUCUUGGCUCACUACAACCUCCGCCUCCUGGGUUCCAGCAAUUCUCCUGCCUCAGCCUCCCAGAUAGCUGUGAUUACAGGCGUGUACCACCACACCUGGCUAAUUUUUGCAUUUUUAGUAGAGAUGGGGUUUCACCGUGUUGGUCAGGCUGGCCUUGAACUCGUGACCUCAGGUGAUCCGCCCGUCUCAAAGUGCUGAGAUUACAGGCGUGAGCUACUGCACCCCACCAAGGUUAGCACUUUAAUCACCAAAGACCCCGUGCCUCUCGUGGUCCGUUGAGGGAUCCCGCCGCCACCACCCCAUUUAUCACCUGCUCUUCAGGUCAUGUGGAAUUAGUUGAGUUUGCUUUUAGAGCUAAGUUUCUUUCCCCGUGUGGGUCUUUGAGGAAAACUUGAGAUCCCCUAAUCUGUGGCCCCCCACACCUUAGAGCAGAGCAGCCCCUCCUCUCAUUUGGUGCAGAAACAGUCAAGAGGAACCAUUGGCUGAGAGCUCCUGUGACUGAGAGCGCCACCGAAGCCUAGGGAUGGCGUCAGGCGGCUUUAUUUGCUUGGCUUUGUAACUUAGGUGGUCCCCUCAAGCAUCCUCGGUUUCUCUUGCUGUUUACGAAUGUGAGACAAGGAAGUCCUAUAGAAGCCAAAGGGACAGGGACAGAAAGGACAGGUCCCAAGGGAUGGGGCCGUCUUUACUCGUGGAAACCAGGAAAUUGCUCCUCUCAGCCAACCAGGGUUGACCACACAGCACCCUUCCGGAGCAGCUCCGCCAGCCCUCCGGGACGAGAAGCCACAAGCACGGAGGCCCAGGCAGGUGAAGAGGAAGUGGCUUCGGGUUUUUAAAGUGGGUGAGCAUGAGCCUCUCUGACUGUUUCUUCCCUGGGGGACUGCAAACCGCCCACUGAAGGCUCAGGGCUGCGGCAGAGCCAUGGGCUUCCGGUCCCUGCAACCCGUGACCUAAGCGUGGUGCACCCAUUACAUGCAGGAGGACCAACUUGACAGACAAAAGACAAGCUGGGAUGACUCAGGGUGAGAAGAGUCAGGGCCGCGCCUCUGUCCCUGCAAACCAACAGGUGCAUGGAGAGUGCGGCAGCCUGCACAGCUCCGCAAGGGCUCCCCCGCCAACAGGGCCGACAGGGAUCUCCAGGAACUUCUGACCUCACCAACUCAAGUGGACCACUCUCCACUCCACGAGGAUGUGAAACGGUUCUUUAAAAUGGGAUCUGCAUGUGCAUCACAUCUUUCAUAUGAUGGGUCAGGAUAGAUUCAUUUCUUGCAACAUAGUGAAAAAGGUAUAAGCUGCAGUAAUUUGCUCUUUGAAUGACCGUCACCCCCAGUAUAGGAUACGCUUAUAUCCCCGUCACUCCUCCACGUUUUUAAAUUUUUCCACCACCCGUGUCCGAAAAGAAUGUUACAGCGAGUGCUCUUAAAUGCUGAACCUGGGUGUUGCUUCCUGGCCCGUCCGCGUGGCUCCAUGGAAAGCUCACUGCUGCCCCAGCCGGGCUUCUUAAAGGAGGUCAGUUGUCCUAUGUAUCACUGACUCUGGGAAUCCUACUGUGAAAUCAUGUCUGUAUUUUUCUGGAGCAGUUCACAUAGAGUAGAACGUGGAAUUUCCCGUGAGCGUCUCCUUCCUGCCCCAUAUCUGCCGCCUGUCACUUCACCGCCGUGCUAGAAUACUGUUGUGUUGUUAAGAUGACUAAUUGUAAAAGAGCCUGCCCUGAAAAGUACUUAGAAACAAAAUGAAAGAGAGGAACUUGUCCUUUACCCAGUUUUUCAUUUGCAGGAUGGGAAAGUAUAAAAAGGCACGGAAGGUUGUCAUGGGCUGUUCCGUGGGGGGUUUUAUCCCGCUCACCUUGGAGAUAAGCCUGCAGCCUGUCUAACCAGCACAGCACAAAGGUCUCGAUGGCUUUUGGUAACAUCUGUCAUUACAGAAGAAAGUUUACACGACGUCAAAAAAGUGACGUUAAUACUAAGUGUUUUUCCAGAAAUACUGGUUUCAUGUUUCUUAUUGGCUCUGCCUCCUGUGCUUAUUAUCAUCCAAAAACUUUUUUAAAAGGUCCAGAAUUCUAUUUUAACCUGAUAUUGAGCACCUUUAAGACGUUCGUGUGUGUGUUGCACUAAUUUUAAACUUUGGAGGCAUUUUGCUGUGUGAGGCCAGUCGCCACUGUAAAGGUCCUAGAGUUGCCUGUUUGUCUCUGGAGAUGGAAUUAAACCAAAUAAAGAGCUUCCAUUGGAAGGCUUAUAUUGACCUUGUAACUAUAUGUUAAUCCUCUACGUGUUAAAAUAAAGUAUAACUUCUGGCACCGUG